AUGCUGCGUCGUCUGCUUGUCGUGUCGUGUUAUCACCUGCAGAACACAGUUUUCUUCGUGGACGGCAGCCUUCAGUGUGGCAUCGGUGAAUGUGGUGUGUCCGCUGCGAUCAUCUCCACCCUCAACUCCGAGGCACAAUUUGUCAAGAUGACAACCAGACAACUGGACCAAUCUGUCGAGGAUUGUGUUAUUCUUGCAGCGAAGAAUGCUGAUUCUUGGCUGGCAACGGCCUUAAAUGGGGUGGGCGUUUGCAAACACACUACCAGCUAUGCCACAGAAAGACGACCUAUCAUACUUGCUGAUCUCGAGGCAACAGUCGCGGUGAUCACACAGACUAUGCCGUACAGGCGUGGACAACUCCGCCCUGUCCGUAUACCAUUUAUCAUUCCAUCUUGCCUGGCUGGCCGCGCCAUCCGGACAAUGGGCCGGGCGGCUACAGCUGCAAGCAACAACUGUCAGGCCGCAGAUCGCUCCACCCAUUGGGCACCAGACGAUAUCAUCUCCGGGUCCCUCUGUCACUUCCAGGCAGACGCCAGUCCACCCUGGCCGAGCCUACAAUCUUGUCCACGCGCUAACCCCCAUUCGGGUUGGGAACCAACUUCCUCUCGGUUGCCACUCGGUCCGAGGAUUGACGACCGGACGAGAGGAGCC